AUGGACACACCUGCCCCUUACUGCCAGCUGAAGGACAGUUCACAAGGAGAGGAGAUUGCACUGGGCCUCACCGUCUCAGCACAUGUAGGAAACCUGCUCACUCAGAGCCCCCUCAUCCUCCACCUGCUCUGGGUGGGGUCAUCCUGCGGAGGGAGAGAGAAAGAAAGAGAAGAGAUACUAGAUUCUCAAAACAUUAGAAAAAUUCCUUGGUCCGCGGCGUCGAGUGAGCUGAGCGAACAUUUUGCUCAGUUUGGCCAUAUAAAAAGGUGCAAUGUACCUUUUGACAGAGAGACUGGCUUUCACAGAGGCAUGGGUUGGGUUCAGUUUUCUUCACAGGAAGAACUUCAGAAUGCACUACAACAGGAAAAUCAUGUUAUUGAUGGAGUAACGAUCUGUGUUCAAGCUCAGAAACCAAAGGUUUUGCAAGGGGCUCAAACAUCUGAUGAAGAGAAAGACUUCUGA